AUGGGUGGCUGCAUUUCUUUUCUGAAGGCAGCAAGGACACUGUGCCCCAGAAUCAUGCCCCCUUUGCUGUUGUUGUCCGCCUUCAUUUUUUUAGUGAACGUCCUGGGAGGAGCCCCAGGACACAAUCCCGACCGCAGGACGAAGAUGAUAUCAAUACACAGUCUGUCGGAGCUGGAGCGUCUGAAGCUGCAAGAGACUGCUUACCACGAACUCGUGGCCAGACAUUUCCUCUCUGAAUUCAAACCUGACCGAGCUCUACCUAUUGACCGUCCAAACACCUUGGAGAAGUGGUUUCUGAUUCUGAGAGGACAGCAGAGGGUCGUAUCACUCAAGACGUUUGGCAUUCGCCUGGAAGAGGUGCUGGUGAAUGAGCUUACCCGCCGCAAACAUCUUGAACUAACAGCCGCGAUGCAGAUUGAAGAAUCCACCGGUCAGGCUUCGGGCCGUCGUCGGGGAAACGUGGUGCAAAGGAUGUUUGGUCGCAUCAGGCGCUUUUUCAGUCGCAGACGGGAUGAGCCCACCUUGCCCCGGGAGUUUACUCGCCGUGGGCGUCGAGGUGCAGUAUCCGUGGACAGCCUGGCUGAACUGGAGGAUGGGGCCCUGCUGCUGCAGACCCUGCAACUUUCCAAGAUUUCCUUUCCGAUUGGCCAGCGACUUCUGGGAUCCAAAAGGAAAAUGAGCCUCAAUCCGAUUGCUAAACAAAUUCCCCAGGUUGUUGAGGCUUGCUGCAGCUUCAUUGAGAAACAUGGCUUAAGCACAGUGGGGAUUUUCACCCUGGAAUACUCGGCAGAGAGAGUGCGUCAGCUCCGUGAAGAAUUUGAUCAGGGUCUGGAUGUAGUGCUGGAUGACAAUCAGAAUGUGCAUGAUGUGGCUGCACUCCUCAAGGAGUUUUUCCGUGACAUGAAGGACUCUCUGCUGCCAGAUGAUCUGUACAUGUCCUUCCUCCUGACAGCAACUCUAAAGCCACAGGAUCAGCUUUCUGCCCUGCAGCUGCUGGUUUACCUGAUGCCACCCUGCCACAGUGAUACCUUGGAGCGUCUGCUGAAGGCCCUGCAUAAGAUCACUGAGAACUGCGAGGACUCCAUUGGCAUUGACGGACAGUUGGUUUCAGGCAACCGUAUGACUUCCACCAAUUUGGCUCUGGUGUUUGGAUCUGCUCUCUUGAAAAAAGGGAGAUUUGCCAAGAGGGAGUCCAGGAAAACAAGAUUGGGGAUUGACCACUAUGUUGCUUCUGUCAAUGUGGUCCGUGCCAUGAUUGAUAAUUGGGAUAUUCUUUUCCAGGUACCUCCCCACAUUCAGAAGCAGGUUGCUAAGCGUGUGUGGAAAUCCAGUCCUGAAGCCCUGGAUUUUAUCAGACGCAGGAAUUUGAGGAAGAUCCAGAGUGCUCGCAUAAAGAUGGAAGAGGAUGCUUUACUUUCUGAUCCAGUGGAAACUUCUGCCGAAGCCCAGGCUGCUGUCCUUGCUCAGAGCAAGCCCUUUGAUGAAGGUUCCUCUGAGGAGCCAGCUGUGCCUCCUGGCAAUGCCCGUUCCCAUGACGAUGAGGAAGGAGCGGGUAACCCCCCCAUUCCGGAGCAAGACCGCCCAUUGCUCCGUGUGCCCCGGGAGAAGGAGGCCAAAACUGGCAUCAGCUACUUCUUUCCUUAGAUGUUUUUCCUUCUAUAAGGUGCCAGACAGGGGAAAAGGGUGGGGGUAGACCUGAGAUGUCACAGAAAACAUUGAGGGUAAAGAUCUGAGGGUAAGAAGGAUUUCCACCUGAUGCUCGGGUCAGGCUGAGAAUUCCAAACACACUGUCAGCCCCUUCACUGGGGAUGUUUGGUCCCUUCAGCUAGUAAAAGCAGAGAUGUUUCUGUGUCAUGCGCAGGCUCCCUGGUGCUACCUUGCCUUUCUCUUUUACCCCUGAUCCUGGCUUUCCCACACUACAGCCUGUCCUUUAAUAGAUGUGACAUUUGUGGUAAACACCUUGUCCCAGAGAAGCUCACAAAUCUCGAGGUGCUUUCCCUCCCCCAAAAAAGGGAAUUGCA